UCCUCCGAUCCGAUCCUCCCAGCGCGCGCGCGCGGCCCCUCGAUCGAUCGUCUCCUGCCAGCAGUGCCCCAGCGCCGCCCGCCCCCGGAGCAUGGCGUCGCCGGACCACCUCUUCGGCCUCCGCAACAGCUUCUACAUCGGCGCGUACCACGCCGCCAUCACCAGCAGCCAGUCCGUCCCCGCGCACGCGCUCUCCCCCGACGAGCUCGUCGAGCGCGACGCCAUACUCUACCGCUCCUACAUCGCCAUCGGCUCCCACCAGCUGGUGGUCGGCGAGAUCGGGCCCUGCGCCGCCACGGCGCUCCAGGCCGUCAAGCUCCUCGCGGUGUACCUCUCCGGCGACUCCGGGAACAGGGAAUCGGCAGUCUCCAGGCUUCGUGAGCUCCUGUCAGAUGCGGCGAUCGGGAGCAAUCCGAUCCUCCGGUUGAUGGCCGGCACCAUCUUCAUGCACGAACGCGAUUACGCCGAGGCUCUCAAGCACACCCACUCUGGUGGGAACAUGGAACUGCUUGCUCUGAAUGUUCAGAUAUACCUCCAAAUGCACAGGGCAGACCACGCAGAGAAGCAACUCAGGGUCAUGCAGCAGCUGGACGAAGACCACACGCUGACGCAGCUCGCUAGUGCAUGGGUCGACCUUGUCAUGGGUGGAUCCAAGGUCCAAGAAGCGCACCUCAUCUUCCAAGACUUGUCUGAGAAGUACCCGCCGACCUGCACGAUCCUUAACGGGAAAGCCCUGUGCUCGAUGCACAUGGGCAACUUCGAAGACGCGGAGGGCUUGCUGCUGGAGUCACUGAACAAGGACGCCAAGGAUGCUGAAACUCUCGCGAACCUCACGGUGUGCAGCCUGAAUCUGGGAAAACCUGCAACGCGAUACCUCAACCAGUUGAAGCUAGUAAACCCGGAGCACACGCUGGUGAAGCGAAUGUCCUCCGCCGCCGACAGUUUCGACAGAGCCUGCCAAGCGAUGGCAUGAACUCGAUUGAUUUGCUGUACCCGUUGCCUUUUCUCUGGGUUAAAUCAGAAUAACCCUGUCAUCUUCUCUGAAGCAGAGCAGCUAGUACGUGCUUGGAUAAGUUUACUACUCGCGAUUAGUAGACAUGCCGUGCCUGUCAAUAAAUUUGUGUGGUAGGAUCUUGACUAUGAUAAGAAUUAAGAAAGAUUACCUUCUGAUG